CGUCGUAUCUCAUUUCUUCGAGUCGUUCACGUUCGUGGGCAGCGCGAAGUACCCUGAUGUUGUGAAAUAUCGAAAUCCUUUACGAGAAUCGAGAACACUUUCCAAUCGACUGCACCUACAGAUAUUUAACUUUCAAUUUUAUAAUUUAGCCAACGAAAUCCUGAAGGAAUGAUAGCCAGCCUUUGGAGUUUCCCUAUAAGGAGAUCUUCAUUGGGUACAAUCUCCACAACAUGGCUUUCCAAUUCUAGUACAGAUUUAACCAAAUGCCUGAGGCGCAUUUCUUAUGUACAAGGACAAUUUACUGAACAUCGUGUACGAGAAUAUUUUUACUACAUUGAUCAUCAGGGCAUGCUCUUUUUAGAUGACGCUCGUAUGAAAAACUUCACAUCUUGUUUUAAAGAAAAGAAAUUUCUGGCUUUUUUCUUCCAAAGACUCAAAAAAAAUGACACUGGACGAUACUCUGAGGAGUUUCCAUAUUUAUCAAUAUGUGGUAAAGAGCACAAUUUUAUAAGAUGCGAUGAUGUACCUAUAGUUUUUACUCGCGUGCUAGAAAAACAGAGCCCCAACACUGGUGAAAUAUAUUAUCAAUUUGGAUAUGCUCAUGCAGAAGAAUUACUAUCGGUACCCUUUGAACCAGACAAGAUUUAUAUGAAUAUUAAUACAGGAAGGAUCUACCAUCCUGCACCAGAUAAGGCAGGAGGUAUAGGACUAAUAAUUUCAAAGCUUGCCAUAGAAUUCAGUACGUUUUUUGAAUUUGAAAAUCGCGUGGAUGAUGGUCCAACACAUUUUACGUUCAAUGGGAAGAGAUAUAAGUUCGAUACCGAAUGGUACCAAAAUAAAAUAGUCUUAGGUGAAAAGUGAAUUUUCUUAUUUCGUUUUAAAUAAAAAUAUUUUACAUAU